AUGUUCUCCUCGUCGAAUUCCUACCUCGGCGGUGGUGGCGCUGGCCGUCCAGGCCAGGCACCAUUCAUGCAGCAGCAACAGCAGCCGCAACCAUCAUACUCGCAAUUCUCCCAGGGCCAACCUCAAGCAUCAAUGCAACAGCCACAGCCAACAGGAUUUGCGCCCCAGCCUACUGGUUUCGCUGGACAGCCCUCGCCAUUCGGUAGCGCGCAGCUUCAACCCCAGGCCACCGGAUUCCCCGCGGGCCAGCUCCAGCCGCAGUUCACCGGAUUCCCUGGUCAACAACCACAGCAGCAGCCCCAGCUGCAACAGCAACAGAACUUCCAGCAACCUCAAUAUACCGGAUACCCUCCUCAGAGCCAGUCGCAGCCGCAAGCCCCGCAACUCCAGGUGUCGCAACCGACAGGCCUCCCUACUCGCCCGAAGACUUCCUCCGAGAUUGCGAACUCCUUCCAACCCGAUGCCUCCUCUGGACCUCGCCCACAGGUGCCGCCGAAGACUGGAUCGAGAAUCCCGAGUAUCCGUCUGUCGUUCAUCACUGCGCAAGAUCAGGCCAAAUUCGAGCAGCUCUUCAGGUCUGCGGUUGGUGAUAACAAGACAAUGGAAGGCGACAAAGCUAGAGACCUUUUGAUGCGCUCGAAACUUCCCGGCAGUGACCUUUCCAAGAUUUGGGUGUUGUCGGACUCCACCAAGUCAGGCCAGCUGUUCUUCCCCGAAUUCGCAUUGGCCAUGUACCUUUGCAACCUGCGCCUGACUGGUCGCGAAGUUCCAACGGCUUUGCCGGAGACAAUUAAGAAUGAGGUUUCGAGCAUGGUCGAUAUUAUCUCCUUCGAUGUGCCCGACACUCAGCCUGAGCCCGCCCCGCGCACCAAUGCCCCCAGUUUCGAUGCGCCACUGUUGGAGAACAAGUCGACUCCUCCCAUCGUUCAGCAGCCUCAGCCUCAGCAGGCAAGUAACCAGCAACUUCUGUCGCAGCUGACUGCUCAGCCUACUGGAUUCUUCCCACAGCAGACCGGCCUUCAGGCCCAGCAGACUGGUUUCCCUGGACAGAACCAGUCGCAGUUCCUCCAACCUCAGCAGACUGGAUUCCUGACCAACCCACAGGCUACGGGCUACACCGGGCCUCGGCCUCCGAUGCCACCCAUGCCUACUGGGCUUGGCUCAAAUCUCAGCCCUGCGCAGACUGGUGGAUUGAACGUUCAGCCUACGGGGCUGACUGCCCAGCCCACUGGAAUUCCCGGCCAGUGGGGUUUCAUAAACACCCCCGCGCAGGGAUUGCCUAACAUUGAAGCUAUGAAGCAGCAACUUAUGCCUCAGCCUGGUCGUGAGGGUGGUUUCACUACUGCCAACUUGUCUGGAAAUGCUACUGUCUCUUGGGCUAUCACGAAGGAAGAGAAGAAGAUUUACGACGACCUCUUCCGUGCUUGGGAUGGCCUGCGCAAGGGCUUCGUUGGUGGUGAGACCGCCAUUGAGAUUAUGGGACAGAGUGGAUUGAAUCGCAAGGAUCUCGAGCGCAUCUGGACCUUGGCAGACCCCCACAACCGUGGUCGUCUCAAUAUGGAUGAGUUCGCCGUGGCUAUGCACUUGAUCUAUCGUGCUUUGAACGGGUAUCCCGUUCCUAGCCGCCUUCCUCCUGAGCUUAUCCCCCCAUCCACGAGACACUUGAACGAGUCCAUUGGUACAGUCAAGUCCCUUUUGUCCCAGGAUGCUGAGAACCGCAAGGCCACGGGUGCCUUCUUGCAGCCCCAGAAGACCGGCGUCAGCUACCUCAAGGAUCACUCAUUCCGCGGUGGCGGCGGGGCUGCUGGUGGAGUCGGCCGCAAGGACGCGACGAUGUUCAAGAACAAUGACGCCGCAGGUGGCUACCGCUCUAGUGCGCGUCGCCGUGUGGGCCAGGACGGCCGCACUCCUUCUCCUGCUCCCUCUUCUCAAGCAUCUGAGACCGAGGAGCUGUCUGUGGACCAAUUACAGAAGAAGAUCCGUGAGGCUAAGAUUAUGCUUGAUGCUGUUGACUUCCAGGAUGAGAACCGGGCUGAGGAUGACGAGGCCCUCGAUCGCCAGGACCGCCGUGAGGCCGAGAGCCUAAUGGACCGAAUUCGUCGCGUUCAGGAUGACAUUGAUACUCACCCUAACGCUGCAUUCCGUGGACUGGACAACGGAGCGGAGCGUCGAUCACUUCGUCGCCAGCUACAGGCUUACGAGGAUCAGGUCCCCCAGGUCGCGUCUGAUGUUCGCCGACUUGAGCGUGAGAUUGCUGACGCGAAGCUUGAGAUAUUCCGUCUCAAGGAUGCCAAGGCUCACCCUGGCAGCGCCGGCAACAUUGUCGGCACUGGUCCCGGCGGUUCGAUCACCGAGGCCGAUCGCAUCAAGGCUCGGGCCCGUGCCCGUAUGCAAGCGCGCGCGGCUGAGCUUGCCGGCCGCCCUGUUCCUGCAGGCGCGGAUGACGACGGCCAAGCUGCUCGCCGCUUGGAGGCUGAGAACAAUAAUGCGAAGGCUGAACGAGAGCGCAACGAUACUAUGACUCGGGACGUCGAGGAAAGUGUUCGCGACUUUGCUAAGAGUCUGGAGGACAGCCUUCGCGAUCAGGGUGAGAACUCCACUCGCGAGCAUGAGAAGCGUCGCUGGGAGGAUGCCCUCGGCGUGGAGGACACCAUCCGUGAUUUCAUCUAUGAUCUCGGCCGUAAUAGCCGGACCGCUCAUAUCCGUAAGGAAGAGCGCGAUCGACCCGCCCAGGAUUCCAGCGCUCAGUAUCGUUCUCCUGCCGAGUCACCUGCCGAGUCACCUGCUGCUCGUCCUUCUAUGCCUGCCUCCACUCCUUCUACGGGCUCAUACCCAGGAAACACGCACGAAGACCGCGUGGCAGCUGCUAGAGAGCGCGCUCAGAAGCGCAUUGCUGAGCGUAUGGCUGCUGCUGGCAUGAAGCCCAAUGAUGCUACUGAGACCUUGUCGCAGCGACAGGAGCGGGAGAAGCGCGAGCGUGAAGAGCGUGUCAAGCGUGCCGAGGAGGAAGACGCUAAGCGUGAGGCAGAGCGGCAACGCCGUUUGGCCGAAGAGCGUGGUGGUCCAGCCCCAGCUGCUACAAAGACUGCUGGCAAGAAGCCACCUCCUGCGCCGCCUACUCGCAGGGCCCGGACCGAUAGUGCUGGCCAGGCUGAUUCGAAGAAGGCGGAAGAGCUUGCCCGUGAACAGGCUAUCAAGGAGGAGCAAGAGGUGCAGGAGGCCGAGACCAAGCGUCUUGAGGACGAGGCCAAACAGCGUGAAGAGGAAUAUCGUAAGCAGAAGGAAGCUCAAGAUGCGAAGCUACGCGCCCUUGAGGAGCAGGUCCGACAGGGCAAGGUCAAGAAGCAGGAAGAGAAGCGACGCAGGGAAGAAGCUGGCCGUCAGGCUAAGGAGCAGGAGGCCAGACUUGAGGCCCAGCGUGCCGAGCUUGAAGCUGCUAAGGAACGCGAGCGUCAGCUGCAGCGCGAGCUGGAGGGUAUGGACGAGGAUUCUUCGGAUGACGAAGGCCCUAUCAACAUUACUCCCCAGGACAGCACCCCUACGCAGAGCCAGGUUCUGCCUGCUCCUCCCAUUCCUACUGUCGCUGUCCCUGAGCCUGCUGCUCCUGCUCCUGGCCCAGAGGCCGAGAAGAUUGUCAGCCCCGACAGCUUCCCAGCCUCUUCGCCCGAUGCUGAGUCGAAGAACCCUUAUUUCAAGUCCUUGGGUCAGCAGCCCUCCGAGCCCUCUCAUGCCACCUCGCCACCUGCUGCCCAAUCCACCAAUCCCUUCCACCGUCUCGCGCAGCAGGAGAAGCAGGAGCCCAUCAAGCCCACCUUCACCGGAGCCGUUCCUUUGGAGCGCAAGACCCGUGCCCGGCCCGAGGACGAUGAUGACUGGUCUGCUGCUGGCUCCGAGUUCGAUUCCUCUGACGAGGAAGACGACCACCCCGGCGGCGGCAGCGCCAAGCAGCUUGCCAGCAUCUUGUUCGGCACCAUGGCUCCUCCGCGUCCCCUGAGCGCCAUGGAAGAAGACAAGUCCCCUACCCCGGUGCAAACCAGUCCUAUCGCUCCUCCCCCUCCCCCUCCACCCGCAGCCGUUUCUCCCCCUGCGGUUGAAGAAGCUUCUUCUCCCACUCCCCCAGCUGGCAUUCCUCCACCACCUCCUCCACCUCCUGUACCUGGUGCCCCAGCUGCUGCUCCUCCUCCCCCUCCUCCCCCUGCAGGUGGAGCGCCCGCGGCACCGCCACCACCGCCCCCUCCAUUUGGAGCCCCUGCUGCUCCCCCUCCGCCUCCUCCUGCAGGUGGAGCCCCCGGGCUUCCCCCUCCUCCUCCCCCAGCCGCGGGUGGGGCCGGCGGUGACCGAUCCGCGCUCCUUGCCUCUAUCCAGGCCGGUAGGGGUCUCCGGAAGGUGCAGACCAAUGACCGUAGCACCAGUUCCUCGGCUGGUCGUGUGCUGUGA